GCCGAUGUGGAAGUUUGGAAGUGGUUGUUUUAAAUUUUGGGUAAUCUUGUCUUCGCUGUAGAUGAAGUUUGUUGAAGUUGGUGAAUGUAUUUAACAACAUAAAGAUAAUGAAUAAUGGUGAUGAUAAAAAGAUUGUACAAAUCAUGAUUAUGCCGAGCAAGUGACAUGUGCGAAAGGGCAAUGAAACUGAAAGAACAUGGGUCUACAAUAAGAACCACAGACUUGCAAGUUGCAGUUACUAGGUGUUAGUGUUACUAUUACAAGUACAAUUAGUAUUACUGCUACUAUUAGGCGUAUUGGUUAGUGUUAAGCUCGCUAAAGGUAGUAGAUUUCAGGAAGCUAUGGAAGUAAAUUCCCAUUCAUGUCAGUGUGGGCCCGCACCACCAGAUCAUUUAGAAAGUAUUAUAGAAUCUCUAACUCAAAUAGCCAAAGAACGGUCAUGUCGACGUCCUAGUUUAACGUUGUCAAAGAUCGGGGAUCUGGCGGGAUGUUGUGCCUGUCUAGAUAUUUUUUUCGAGCCUGUCACUGCCUCAUGUGGACACACAUUCUGUAGAAAAUGUUUGAUUAAAGAAAAUAUGCUAAUUACAUGUAAUGUUUGUGGGGCAACUCACACUUUUAACUACAUUUCAAGUCUUAAAAUUAAUGUGACCGUUUCGACUCUCAUAGAAAAAUGGUGGUUAAAUGCAUUGCAGUCAGCAAAAUUAAGAUGUGAUGGAAAUGAGCUGUUUCUCAUUGGUAAAGUGGAAUUAGCCCUUGAAAAGUAUACGCAAGCUCAUGAAUUGGAUCCAGAUAAUCACCUGAUAGCCAGCAACAGAUCUCAUGCUUUGUUGAUACUAGGACAAGCAAAUGAAGCACUAGAAGUUGCUGACUUGGCAAUACACUUAUGUCCUACAUGGCCUAAAGGAUACUUUCGUAAGGGUGCUGCACUUGUCAGCCUUGGGCGGUAUGAAGAGGCAGCAGUGGCUUAUCUACAGUGUUUAUUACUGGAUUCGUCAGUAGCCGUUAUCAAACAAGAAGUUACAGAAAUGAUACAAAAAAGUUUGAUUCCACUUAAUUCAUCAUUAAAAUAUGGAGGCUCAGAAUCCAGCUAUAGUUCUUCAGCAAGCUUUCCAGAUCAAAAUUCCAUAGGAGGGAGUGAUGGAAGUAUCUACAGUAUUGCCAGCAGUGAUAGUCUGUAUCACAUCAGUGAUAGUGAUGAAGAAAGCUUUUACCAGACUGAAAGCUAUAGAACAGGAGUUUGGAAUCGUGAUUGCUUCCAUAAAGUACUUGACAGGCUCUUUACAGAAGCACAGAAAGUUAAAAGCUUUGUACCUACAUUGAAACAUCGACCAGUUGACCCAAAGAAGCUGGACAAAAAAGAUGUAGAAUGUCCUCUUUGUUUCAGGUUAUUUUGGCAACCUGUAACAACUCCUUGUGGCCACAUGUUUUGUCGAAUGUGUCUGGAUAGGUGUUUGGAUCACCAACCUUUUUGUCCCAUGUGUAAGACUUCACUUCAGGAGUACUUGGCAAAGCGACAAAAUACUACUACUGAAUUCAUGGAAUUGGUUCUACAAACCUUCUUUCCUGAAGACUAUUUAGAAAGAAAGCAUAUCUUUGAAGAGGAGAUGGAAGAACUUACAAGUGCUGGAAAAGACCCAGAACAUGUGAUUCCACUCUUUGUAUGUGCCAUGGCAUUCCCAACAAUACCAUGCCCACUGCAUGUUUUUGAGCCUCGCUAUCGACUGAUGAUCCGACAGUGCAUGGAGUCUGGUACUCGCCAGUUUGGCAUGUGUGCUUAUUCUGCUGACAGCCCUCAAGGGGUCCCUGAUUAUGGAUCAAUGCUGGAAAUUCGAGAUGUCCAGUAUUUUCCUGAUGGUCGCUCCAUUGUUUACACCAUAGGAGGACAUCGCUUUCAUGUUUUAAGUAGAGGAAUGCGUGAUGGAUAUAACACGGGAGCAGUGGAAUUUCUUAAGGAUGAGCCACCAGAAGGAGCUGAAAUACAAGAAGUAAAAAGACUUCAUGGACAAAUCUAUAGAGAAGCAGAAACAUGGUUUAUGAACUUACCUCAACAGACUAAGCAACAAAUACUUCAACAUUUUGGUGCCAUGCCAGCUGUUGAAAAUGACUACUUAACUCUUGUAGAUGGUCCAGCCUGGAUAUGGUGGGUUGUUGCUACACUUCCUAUUGACCCAAAGGCACAAUUGGCUAUCCUUGCAAUGACUUCUUUGAGAAAACGUUUGGACACUGUGCAUCGAAUUUUCCAGUUUCUUCAUUGUCGAGGGGCAUUCUGAUUAGUGGCAAAGUGUUCACAGAAUUUGAAAGUAUGGUCGAGGAGCAACUAGAAAUGAUAAACUUUAAUAGGAUUCUUAUGGCAUUAGUAAUCAUUGCUUCUUUAAUUUCUUCCAUUUUUGUUUCACUAGAAAAUACUGUGAUGGAAACUAGAAAUGCGCAUAAAGGCCAAGAAUUAUUUCCUAAAGGCAUUCUAUAGUAAUGAGAGAGGAACCUUAAUAAUGUUUCACAUAUGUCUUUUAAUGAUAAGAAUUAUAUCACUAGUAUCUUAGUAAUGUGUUUUACUUUCACUUAUAUCAUGGUUUCGAAAGCAAUCUCUUUGAUGAAUAUGUAAAAAAGUUAUUUUCUCUGAGCAAAAAGACUAAAGAAUAUUGUGUUAGAAAUAAAACACUGUUCAUAGAAGAAAGAAAAUUGGAUAUUCCAAAGAUAUAAACAUAAAAAUAUCCUACUUUUUAAUAUCCUUUCCUUUUUCUUAAAAAUAUUUCAGAAACUCCUUUUAAUUUUGGUUAAGCUUUUAUAUAUAUAUAUAUAUAUAUUGUUAUAAAUUGUAGUUUUACUUAAAUCAAAUAUGAUUGAAAUAGAAAUGAUUUCAUUUUCAAAAAAUAAUAAAUUGUAUUUCGAUGCUUCAGCUUCCAAAAAGUAAAAUAUUAUAUUCUACUGUAACAUAGAAAAGAUACAUUCAACUACAGAAAACAUUUUAAUAGUCACAAAAAUAGAAAAAAAUUGAUAUAAAUUAUUGAAUA